AUGGCCGUCUUCAUCCGAACAAUGUUUUCGUCAUCUGUUGGCACAACAUAUAUUUUGCUAAUGUGUGGUAAAGGAGUACCACCUCCCCGUCCUCAGUCUUUGGCCAUCCUAUGUAGCACCAACAGCAACCAUGGGACGCUACGUGUUCAUAGGGGCUGUCAUGGGGCUGUCACUCUUGGCCGUUGUGGAGAGCGCACGACCUUUAACCUGAAGCUCCGGUCCACAUCCGGUCCACAGCCUCGACCUCGCCCUCUCACCAGCAGGUGUUUCACGCCACUCAGUGCCGAAUGGCUCUCUGAUGGGACUGCAGGCUCCCCUCGUUCCCUGUUCUCUUACACAGCCCACGUGUACGUAAGUCUCAGAGUCCGGAAUGGAGAUCAAGAAUUGGCCGGCAGACAGGUUCCGCUCGCCCGAGGACACCCGUACCGAACACAAAAGAUUCCAGAUGGCGCUGGGCACCCCCUACCCUGUCCUCCAUUUAGAGAACCCACUUCAACUAUUACCCAAAGCUUUGCCCUGCAUGCUGGAUCACUACCUGACGAUCCUUCAGCCGACCACAAGCAGCAGCAAGACAAGGACCGCCUAGCUAGAUAUAUAUAUAUUACUCCUGGGUAUGAAUAUAAACUGUAUCCGGCUGUUGUAGCCUUGUCCUCACGAGUAUGGAGCCACCUCUUAGCCGCUAUUGUUCACAGGUCUGCUUCGACCCUGAAAACAACCAUAAUCUCUACAGAAAAUAUAAAUACAACCACAGAGCAAUCAACCACCGCCAUGCUUAUCACAAGCACCGUGCCACAAACAACUACUGUCCCACAAAGAACAACAGUGCCACCAACAACUGCAGCGUCAACAACAACAGUGACACCAGCUAUCACAACAGGGAUACCAAUCACCACUGAGCCACCAACAGUGCCACCAACAACCACUGUUCCGCCAACAGAGCCACCAACAACCACAGUACCGCCAACAGAACCACCAACAACCACAGCACCGCCAACAGAACCACCAGCAACCACAGUACCGCCAACAGAGCCACCAACAACCACAGUACCGCCAACAGAACCACCAACAACCACUGUUCCGCCAACAGAGCCACCAACAACCACAGUACCGCCAACAGAGCCACCAACAACCACAGUACCGCCAACAGAACCACCAACAACCACAGUGCCGCCAACAGAGCCACCAACAACCACAGUACCGCCAACAGAGCCACCAACAACCACUGUUCCGCCAACAGAGCCACCAACAACCACAGAACCGCCAACAGAGCCACCAACAACCACUGUUCCGCCAACAGAGCCACCAACAACCACAGAACCGCCAACAGAGCCACCAACAACCACUGUUCCGCCAACAGAGCCACCAACAACCACAGAACCGCCAACAGAGCCACCAACAACCACUGUUCCGCCAACAGAGCCACCAACAACCACUGUUCCGCCAACAGAGCCACCAACAACCACAGUACCGCCAACAGAACCAUCAACAACCACUGUUCCGCCAACAGAGCCACCAACAACCACUGUUCCGCCAACAGAACCACCAACAACCACUGUCCCGCCGACAGAGCCACCAACAACCACAGAACCGCCAACAGAGCCACCAACAACCACAGUGCCGCCAACAGAGCCACCAACAACCACUGUUCCGCCAACAGAGCCACCAACAACCACAGAACCGCCAACAGAGCCACCAACAACCACAGUGCCGCCAACAGAGCCACCAACAACCACUGUUCCGCCAACAGAGCCACCAACAACCACAGUGCCGCCAACAGAGCCACCAACAACCACAGUGCCGCCCACAGAGCCACCAACAACCACUGUUCCGCCAACAGAGCCACCAACAACCACUGCUCCGCCAACAGAGCCACCAACAACCACUGUACCGCCAACAGAACCACCAACAACCACAGUGCCGCCAACAGAGCCACCAACAACCACAGAACCGCCAACAGAGCCACCAACAACCACAGCACCGCCAACAGAGCCACCAACAACCACUGUUCCGCCAACAGAGCCACCAACAACCACAGAACCGCCAUUAGAGCCACCAACAACCACAGAACCGCCAACAGAGCCACCAACAACCACAGCUCCGCCAACAGAGCCACCAACAACCACUGUUCCGCCAACAGAGCCACCAACAACCACAGUGCCGCCAACAGAGCCACCAACAACCACUGUUCCGCCAACAGAGCCACCAACAACCACAAUGCCGCCAACAGAGCCACCAACAACCACAGUGCCGCCAACAGAGCCACCAACAACAGGGGUGCCAACCACCAUAGUACCAGAAACUAUAUCGCCAACAAGCACUAUUCCUCCAACAGCCACAGUUCCACCUACAACAACCUCACCUCCAACAGCGGUUUCUACAGAGUUCCCUGCUGCUGCCACCACAUUUGCUGUUACGCCCCUGUUGACGGUGUCAGAGGUACCACCAUCUGCAAAUGCUCUUGUUGAUCGAGUUCAUGGCUCCUGCUGCCAGACCACUCCGUCUGAUGACUUCUUGGAGACCUCUAGGCCCAUGGGCUUCACCACAUUGCUAAAUUAG